AUGGGUGCUGUCGCGGCCGUCUGCCUGGUUCUCCUCACUAUCCUCUUCCCGCCCCUCGGGGUUUUCCUCAUCGCUGGUUGCGGUGCAGACCUUUUAAUCAACAUCUGCCUCACCCUCCUUGGGUACAUCCCCGGGCACAUUCACGCAUUUUACCUUCUGUUCGUUUACUACGACCGGCGGGAGCAGAUGCACCACGGCAACACUGCGAUGCGCAGAGCACCUGGUGUGUAUUCUGAACGUGUCCAGACAGGUGGCGUAGGGUACGGUACCAUGGCUCAGCCAAUACGCUGA